UCUGAUAGGCUGCGUUGUUGGUGGGUCGAUUCUUUCGGUUAGGCACUUUAGGAUACGGUUAUCUUCAGACUGCUUUCACCUCUGAGUGGUGACGGAAGAGCUGUGUGUUAAAGACACAUUGGUUUGGAGGCACAAGAAACCCCACGCCUCCCGUUUCACCUUGUCGUCGGUGUGAAGCUGUGGACGGUCCGCUUCUCCCAUCACGGAAGCAGAGGAGUCUUUUAAAAUCAUCUGAAGGACGGUUAUUACAUUGUCUACCACAUCCAUCAUCCCUGGGUUCAGUGUGUGAGCAGCACUGAAUUCAGUGAUUACAUCUAGCAGCAAGUGGCCGACAGGUAAUCUUGGACAUGAAACCUGAUGGGGUGGCAACAGCACCAUCUGAACCAAUGGAAGCUGAGGGAACAGAACCAGUAGCAGAAACAACUGGCAAUGAAGGCGCAUCUCAGAAAGGCUCUUCACCAUCACUUCCACAACCUGAUGAACCUCAAAAUGAGCAAAAGGCUCCUCCAGCUGUGAAGGAAGCUCCUGGGAAGGCAGUAGAUCCUAAAAGCAAAUCCAAAGGGCCAGUGAAAGGCAAAACUACAACAACAGGCCCAGCGACCAUUGGGCCAGGUGCAAGACCCAAAGCAACCCAAAGCCAUGUGGCUAAUGGCCUCACAAAAACUGCAGCAAGUACCACAACCAAAAAAAACCUUCCAGCUACCACUGUGGCAGCAGAGAAGAGGAAACCCACUGGAGCUGCUGCUCCCAGCAAGAAAACCAUUGCCCCUUCUGCUACUGUCACAACCUCAAGGACCCAACCUAAGGUGAAGGCUGUUGGAAUUAGUAGAGCAACAACUGCAACCAGCAGUACAAAGACAGGAACAACUGCUGGCACAGCAACCACCUUGAAUAAAAGACCAACCACAGCUGCCUCUAGUGUCGUAAAAAAGCCCAAAACUACAGCUCCAGUUCCAAGGCCAGCCACUGCCCCUGCUGCCAAACCCAGCACUUCAUCAACAGCCAAAACCACGUCGGCUCCUAAAACUAACAGGACAACUGGCAGUUCAGCCCCUAGACCAGCUGCCACUUCAUCUGCAGGAAGAACGCCCACCAGGACGACUAGUUCCACAGUUGCUAAAACAAGCCACACUGUUACACAACAGCCUUUUAAACCCUCUGUUACAGCAUCAGCUGCCCAGAAAGAUGUUAUCAAAUCAGGAACCACAGCACUGGUAAAGAAACCAGCUGCCUCAACAAUGUCCCGUCUUGCAGCCAGCAAACCCUUGAAUUCCCCACCUAGCAUCAAAGCACCCCAGCCCAAACUAGAUGACAAGAAACGUGUACCAACACGUAAGGUUCCUCCUAGUCCACAAAACACUUCCUCACGGCCAACAUCAAGCAAGACCACUGUAGCCUCUCCUAGUCACAGACAGGCAGGUAGCAGCACCACAGCCAAACCACCCAAUCUGACACAGUCUGUUUUACCCCUUGUGGUCAAAGGAAAGUCUGAUGCUAAAGAACCUGCAGCAGGGUCUGUGCAACUUUCUGCAGCUGCAGUAGCCACUGUUGCUGUAGCAACAGCUGUAGCCAUAGUCACAGAAGAAUCCGUUUCAGGGCAUGAAGCUACUACAGCUGUUGAGAGCUCUUUGGAUGCACCUGCCUCUGACUCUUUGGAUGUUCAGGAAAAUGUAGAUGUGCAGGUCCUGAAUGCCAACUCCCAAAGUGUGCUGGAUAUUCCUAACACAGAGCCAAUGGUUCAAGAGGCCUUAAUAGAAGCUGGUCCUGUUGAAAAGACUAGUCAUAUAUCUUCUCCAGUCAAUCUGGAAUCAGAAGAACUGUAUUCAGAAAAGGUUGAUGAAAAGCAUAUUGCUGCUGUGGCACCAGUUGCACAGGAAGUAGUACAGCAAGAAACCAUAACUGCUUCACCAUUUGAUAACCCUGCUGCUGCCAUAGUGUCCUCUGUUGGCAUAGAGGUGGCUGAAAAAGCUGAACUAAUUAACAAUGAAUGUUAUGAAGAUGUGGAAGAAGAGGAGAGAGAGGGUAGUCAACAGGUGUCUGUGUCAGAAAUGAGUGGCACCCAGCCUACUGAAGAGUCUCAACCUGGGUCAGCUGGGCUUGCUGGGUCCCUUUGGCGGGCAGGGGCCUUGCUUUCAGAGCUUGACUCGGAGGACGUGAGCUGCAGCCAACAAGGAGCAUCAGAGCUCAGCGCCCCAGGCGUCCUGGAGGGCACAGAAAGUAUGGAUGAUCUGGGUGAUGCUAGCCUUAAAGGAGCUGAUGGUGAAGGUGCAUCUGUUGGGUCUCCUGACUUUGAAAAGGUUCCUGACAUUCUUCCAAAUGAAGAUGAUGAUGAUGACGACGAUGAUGAUCGAGUUUGUGACAUGGAGGUAGGAUCGGAAAGAGCAGAGGACUCACACAGGCAGCAUCAUGACAACGAGGAUGAUGAAGAGGAUGAAGAUGUUGAAAUGGCAAGUGAGGGCAUUACUGAGAGUGGGCUUGAAAGUUAUGGGAACGCAGAUGAGGAUGACUUGACGGAGGACUACAGGUUGGACAACCUGAACCGUAUCCAGACUUCUCCCAUGGUUGUCACUGCCCCUCUCGCAACCCCGUGGAACAAGUCCAGUUGCUUUGCUGAUCCUUGGGCCCAGCCACCACAACCAGCUUCUACUCUUCUCUCUAGUAUUUCCUCUGAACCCUUGGCUGCAGAUCCAGAAACCCUAACCCAGGCACCUGCUCAAGCAAGACUGGAUGUUAGCAACUCUGAAAAGAGCCCUUCCUCCCCCCACUCCCCAAAUCUUUUAGAGCCUCCACUUUGUUCACCUCAACAAUCCCCACUUACUGCUGCAGAGGGUGAUGUCAGCCCCAAACUAGGCAUGUCACCCCCCCAUGCCAACAAGUCCCAGUGUGGGACACUUAGUGGUCCUGAUCUUGCAUCUGACAGUAACAGAGACACAAUUAUGCAAGAUGAAGUGAAAGAAUAUAAUAACUGCUCAGGUACUGAGAUUCAAUCUAAAGAGGAGUUGCUGCCAGAGCCACUAAACCCUGCACCCACUGUCCUGCCUGACAUAAUGCAAGAUCUAGGCAUUCACCUUGAAUGUGGCGAUGAGGAGGAAGAACUAGAGACAUUGCCUGCUGAUGAUGUGUUGGGUGGUCCAGCAACUGCUCCAGAAUCUGCACCAUCAUCUCCUUCAUCAGCCACUGAGGAUGAGGCAAGUGACACAGAAGGUGAAAUGCAAAUCAGCGACCCUCAAGCUGAGCUACUCGCCACUGGAAGUACCAACGGAACAGCCGCCGUGGCCCACAGUUUGUCCACUCUAGAGGAGCGUGAGGAAAUAGGAGGAGAGACAGAGGGUGGUGGUGGAAGUGACACCCCUCAGUCUGCCACUUCUGCUGCAUCCUAUGGCUUUGACUACAUGACUUCUAACUCAAAUGCCCAGUCAUCUGCUGAGAGUUGCAGCAAGAGCCCUGGCAUCUUUUCCCUUGAAAAUGAAGAGCAGCUCCCGGACGAGGCCAAGGAUCCUUCUCUUCUUAAAGAGCUUACCCUGAUACCUACAACUACAUCUGGGGAAAAGAUUGACCCUCUCAAUAGCCAACAUGUGGAGUUCCAGCCCCACCCAGAGCAGCAGUACAUGCUUUGUGGAGAGUCCAGUGAGCUUCCUGAGUCUAAUUCACUACCCGGGGCUGUACCCUUAGAGUCUGGCUUGAUUGAUACUUUAUCCCCACAGCACCUGGAAGAAGAACAAGAUGAUGAUGCUCGGCAUCCCUACUACUCCACUGUAAGCGAAAAUACUGAUAGUCCUUUGAAAGGAAGGAACUCACAAUUUUCACAACACCCACAGGAUUUGCCCUCCAUCCAAAUGACAAUGUCGUCCAAACUUCGCCUCCGAUCACGUGCUGCCCAUGUGAGCCAACCACCACGGAUUCCAACUGACCUUCCUCCAAGAAUAAGUGCGGGGUCAAACAUGCAGCUCCAAUGUCUAAAGCAACACCAAAAACGGCUUCAUGAGAUCCAGCAACUGCAGGAGAAACCGAAUCGAGAAAAAGAGUGUCAAGAAGCAAGGGAGGAGAAAGAAUUGAGGAAUGAGAUGGAGGUCAAGGAGUUGGAGAAACAGAUGAGGACUUCACUUGAGUUUCAACUUAAGCAGCAAGAGCAAGAACUUAAGCAGUGUCAGCAAAUCAUACAGUGGCAACAAGAACUUGAACAGCAGCAGCAAAAACAAAAGAUUCCACCAGUCCUCCUCUCUCCCUCAUCAGGCCUCUGUACAAUUUAUGAAACUGUGGAAACAAUUGACACUGAAGAUGAAGAAGAGGAAGAUGGACAACAAGUGUUUAAGGAAAGAAAAAAGGCAGAGGACAAAAGUACCUUUAAGGUGUUUCGUGAUGGAGAUAAACCAAGAUGUUCUAAAGAAAAUAAUGAAGAUAAUCUUCGUUCACAAUGCACAACACCUUCCCCAGAGCCUACUAAUCAGGAUCUACAGCGAGAAUAUGGGGAGACGGACACUGCAGCAGACCAAACCAGUCCUCCACAAUCUCCCUCUGGAUCUCCUGAGAUACCCCCACCUCUAGAGUUUGAUUGGGGAAAGAAGGUGGAUAUAGUCCAGCAGCUGAUCAAUCAGACAUUACUGCUUACAGGUGAUGGUUGCUCGCCCCUUCUUCUGCUACCUGGAAGAGCAGGUGGGACACUCAGCCCCCUGGAAAGCAGCUUGUGGCCCAACCUGUUGCCUCCACUUACACCCCCUUCAGCGACCGUGACUUCUGUGAGCAGCUUCUCACCUGAGGCUCCAGGCAGCACUGCUCAGGGUGAGUGGACGGUUGUAGAGCUGGAGACGCAUCAUUAAGGAAGGUAUGGUUGUUGGAUCAAUGUUGAAUGAAUGAAACAACAUGCCAAAAUAUGAACUUCUGGAUUUAAAAAAAACUUGAAGAUCCAUCAGUAAGCAAGCACAUGUUUUGGUAUUAAAGAAUGGAGCAUCCCCAAGGUAAACCUUAUGAACAAUAUAGUCGUGGAAUUGAUUAGUUCUUCCAUUUUAGUUCUUUGGUAUUUAAGCAAGUGUUAGAAGUAAAAAAUCACAUUAACAUGAAACCGACACAGCAGAAUAGAGUACUUGACUGAAACCAUCUUGCUUUUUCUUUGCUUGUUUUCAUCCUGGCAGUUACUCUAGAGCAGUGAGGUUUCAUUUUCUUUCAUUUCCACAACCCCACCCAUCCGAAAGUAAUAGAACACUAUAUUAUGUACUUUGACACACUGACAUAGCCUCUCUGCCAAACUGAUCAGCCAUAUCAGACCUGCCCUUGUGCCAAAAAGCAAUUUCCUUGAGGUUUAAUGGGGAUGUCUGGCUAGCUUGGACUGCAUACAUGUGUCGCUUAGUCAACAUGCAGGUUUUUCAUUCAAGUCAAAUAGGUAGUGUUUUCUGCAUUGUAAUUCAACACUUGUGAAGUUAAAUAGGCCAACUCUGAAUUUCAUGGACAUUAUUUCAAGCUACUGUUUCAAACAUUUACUUUUUAAAACUACUGAAUGAAGGAAGGUCUGUUGAAGUAAAUUUGGAAUGAUUGGACCGUAGUUCUUCUGAUUUAAAUUGAGUCUUAUUGAUGUGGGGGGGAAAGACCAAUACUGGUCUAGUAUUUUUUUCUCCCAAUUUGGAAUGCCCAAUUCCCAAUGCGCUCUAAGUCCUCGUGGUCGCAUAGUGAUUCGCCUCAGUCCGGGUGGCGGAGGACGAAUCCCAGUUGCCUCCGCGUCUGAGACAGUCAACCCACGCAUCUUAUCACGUGGCUUGUCGAGCGCGUUGCCACAGAGACAUAGUGCGUGUGGAGGCUUCAUGCCAUCCACCGCGGCAACCACGCUCAAUUCGCCAUGCGCCCCACCGAGAACAAACCACAUUAUAGCGACCACGAGGAGGUUACCCCACGUGACUCUACCCUCCCUAGCAACCGGGCCAAUUUGGUUGCUUAAGAGACCUGGCUGGAGUCACUCAGCAUGCCCUGGGAUUCGAACUAGCGAACUCCAGGGUUGGUAGCCAGCGUAUUUUACCACUGAGCAACCCAGGCCCCGGUCUAGUAUUAAUCUUAAAGAAAGAGGACGAUUGGAAAAAUGUGCCUAUAAAGCUCUGGUCUUUGAUGAUUUUAAGCUUUUUAAUUUAGUUUUGAACUGCUGUAAUAUUCCAGAAAUAGCUGAGCUACACCUCAAACUCAGCAUUUUUAGAUUAAUGUGUUAUUGUGAAGUUUAAUUAUAUUAUGAGAUGACUCAGGACAAACUCUGUAGAUCAUCUUUACUGUGAACCUUCGGACCACUGUGCCUCGCAUAAAUAAAUUGUACUGUUCUUAAAUUGCUCCUAAUUUUACUGGAACAGAGACACUGCAGUAAACUCAAACAACAUGGUGAAUUUGAUAAAAGUUUGAAGACAACAGAGACUUUCAGGGCAUAACAAGCUUUGCAUAGAAUUCUUCAAUGUAAAAUGUACAAAUGUAACUGUCUAGCUUGCAGAUAGCUGCUGGUGAGGCAUCACAGAAUUUUAUGACAGAAAACUGAUCUAGCAUCUGUGUCUGUCUGUAUCACUCUAAUGAUUUAUAUAUAUUUGACAGGAAGGAGCAGAUUCUGCAAGAGUACUCGUGAAAUUAAAUUAUAUCUCCUGGUUUUCUGUGCCUGAAUUUAUGAGUGCUGGAAGAUCUUUUUGCUGAAAGUGCACAUAUACACUGUGAUUGGUCUGAGAAGUCUUUACUCUGCCUGCUGUAGGGUUGGGAGUAGGGUGGGGUGUCUCAUGUAGUAUGAAUGAAAAAUUGUCUUUUUGAAGUAUCUUACAUUUGUACUGUCUCUCUGUUCUACUGGUCUGUGUACACAAGUCUUUUUAUGGUGAAAUGUAUCUGAAUUUAUGGAAGAUAAACAGCUACACAGACAAUUGAAUGCACAGGGCCAAGAGUGGGAUAUUUUCACUCAGACAUAAUGAUUAUAAUCAAGUAAGUCUGAUAUUAUGCAGAAAUUGAUGUUUUGGUGUCAGGUGGCACAUAUCUGAUUGAAUGGGUUGUUUUUAUUUUAAUUUUUUGUGCCUGUCCAGUUGAACACUAAAGCACAAUUCAUUUAUCUGAUUUUCACUUGGCCCCAUUAUCUUCCAUGAUGUGUUCUGUUUAGUCAUACAUGAUGGUACAAUGUAUAUUUUAAAGGGAAGAUGUUUAAGGUAGAAGCCUGUUUACUGUAUUGUUAGUUUAGAGAUUAGUAAAAUUUUUAUUUGUCCUGUAUUUGUGUACUGCUGAUUUAUCUAGUACUGUGAAGUAGUUGAUUAGAGAAUACAUAAAGUACUUCUAAGACAACUGGAAUUAGAAACCGUAAAGGUAGGAGCAUAUAUUUAUUUUAAGUAAAUAUAUCAAUGGAACCACUUUACAUUUCAAUCAGGGAAAACAAGGAUUUCAGGUAGAUUCUGACUGUUUCACUAUAUUUUGGCUGAAAUACUGUUGUAUAACUCGACAUAUCACCUUUUACAAGUAUAAUAAUGUACAGGGGUAGCUACUGUAUCUACGCAAACCAGCAGUAAAGUGAAUGCACUGUAACUGCUUUCACUAGGCCAACUUACAAGACUCAAACAAUAAAAAAUGAAAACAUCUGAAGAAAAAGACUAAAAAUAAAGGCAUACAGCAACAUAAUUGCUCUGCCCUAUUAACACUUUUUUUUUUUUUUCUUCUUUUUUUUUUUUUGGUCCUGUGAAAUUACUGCUUCUGUGUGGUACAUUUUCAGCUUUGUGUAUAUUAUUGUAAUUUAUUAUUUUGAAAUGAAGGAUUAUUUCUCAACUGUUUUAAUGAGAAAAGUGGUAUAUGGACCAGGGCUGCUGGCAGGAUUAUUCUGUAAUGAAUUACUUGUCUGCAGUGUAUUUUAAUGUUUCCAUCAUGAAAAAUAAAGUU